AUGACUUCCUUGGGCGACGAUUUACUUGUUACCGUGAACAAGCUUCAGGAUUUGGUGUUUAAUACCAUUGGGAAUGAUUCUUUGGAUUUGCCACAGAUUGUAGUCGUCGGUUCGCAAUCGUCUGGGAAAUCCUCAGUGCUUGAAAAUAUCGUUGGAAGGGACUUUCUACCCAGAGGAAGCGGCAUUGUUACUAGGCGACCCUUGAUCCUCCAGCUUAUCAACGUUCCCUGUGACAGUGAUGAUGAAAAUGAGGAACCCCACAUGGCUGGCAGCGUUCAACAGCACGGAGAAUGGGGAGAAUUUCACCACCAGCCUGGCCGGAAGUACACCGAUUUCGCGCAUAUAAAACAGGAGAUUGAGAACGAAACCGCGAGGAUAGCUGGUAAUAAUAAGGGAAUUAAUCGCCAGCCUAUAAAUCUGAAGAUCUUUUCGCCACAUGUGCUUAAUUUGACCCUCGUGGAUCUCCCUGGCUUGACCAAGGUGCCUAUUGGUGACCAACCGUCUGAUAUCGAGAAGCAGACGAGAACGUUGAUCUCAGAAUACAUCGCCAAGCCAAACAGUAUUAUUCUCGCCGUCUCUCCUGCAAAUGUGGAUAUUGUCAACUCCGAAGCCUUGAAGCUUGCUCGCCAUGUUGACCCGGUUGGCAAGCGAACCAUUGGUGUGCUCACCAAGUUGGACCUUAUGGAUCACGGAACCAAUGCAAUGGACAUCCUUACUGGCCGAGUCUACCCACUGAAACUUGGUUUCAUCGGUGUAGUCAAUCGCUCUCAGCAGGAUAUUCAGGCUGGAAAGUCUCUGGCAGAAGCUUUGAAGUCCGAAGCCGAGUUCUUCAGGCAUCAUCCAGCUUACCGAAAUAUGGCGACCCGCUGUGGUACACAAUUCCUCGCAAAAAGUUUAAAUACCACUCUGAUGGCGCAUAUCCGUGACCGUCUGCCUGAUAUUAAGGCCCGCCUUAAUACCUUGAUGGGUCAAACUCAACAAGAGCUGGCCAGUUACGGAAACAAGCAAUUUAGUGGACGAGAGCACCGCGGAUCUCUGAUACUCCAGCUUAUGACACGGUUUGCUUCUUCCUUUAUAUCAUCCAUUGACGGAACCUCUUCCGAGAUAUCGACAAAGGAACUAUGCGGUGGGGCAAGAAUUUACUAUAUUUUUAAUUCAGUGUUUGGAAAUUCCCUAGAGACAAUUGAUCCCACCCAUAAUCUCUCUGUCCUGGAUAUUAGAACCGCCAUCCGUAACUCAACCGGCCCUCGACCUAGUCUUUUCGUUCCAGAGCUUGCGUUCGACUUACUCGUGAAGCCCCAGAUAAAACUCCUAGAGAUACCCAGCCAGCGCUGUGUUGAGCUUGUUUAUGAAGAACUUAUUAAGAUUUGCCAUACAUGUGGCUCGACUGAGCUUUCUCGAUUCCCAAGGUUGCAGGCAAAGCUGAUCGAGGUUGUGUCUGACCUUCUCAGAGAGCGCCUGGGGCCAUGCUCGAGCUACGUUGAAUCUCUUAUUUCCAUUCAGCGCGCAUACAUCAAUACUAACCAUCCUAACUUCCUCGGCGCAGCCGCCGCCAUGUCAUCUGUCAUUCAAAACAAACAGGAGAAAGAAAAGAAGGCUGCUCUUGCUGAAGAAAAGCGAAAGAGAGACAGACGGCGAUUGAAAGAGCUUGGAGCCGUCAACGGAGUCGCUACCCCUGAUGAAGAGGAGGAGAAUGCAGAAGAGAAACAGCAAAAUCUUCCAGUUAGAGGACACACCUCAAAAGUAUCUAGAACCCAGUCCCCACACCCUGGACGUAACGCUGAAUCCAUAUCCUCCGCCGUCAAUGGCCUUCAGGCGGCUUCUCCGCCAAGGUUGGGAAACCAGCACGGAAAUGCCAAGGACUCGUUCUUGAACUACUUCUUUGGUAAAGAUGGCCUACCUGGAACUGCUCCUCCUCCCCCACCCUCAUCUGGCCUUUCACGGCAUGUCAGCUACUCGAUGGAGCCAAGCUUUAGCCAGAGUUUCCGCCGAAAUGAAGUCCGAUCUCCAUCUACUGCUCAUUACCCGACACAGCAAGAGGAAUACGCUCCAAGUGAAUACGGUGAUAUGUCACUAGUGAAUGACAACGCCGAGCCUGUCCUUACAGACCGCGAAGCUCUGGAAACAGAGCUCAUCCGCCGUCUAAUCUCAUCCUACUUCAACAUUGUCCGUGAAACAAUAGCAGACCAAGUUCCCAAGGCCAUCAUGCACCUUCUCGUCAACCACAGCAAAGAAGUGGUUCAAAACCGCCUAGUCAGCGAACUCUACCGAGAAGAUCUAUUCCCCGAACUCCUUUAUGAAGACGACGGCAUCAAGGCUGAACGCGAGAAGUGCGAGAAACUUCUAGAAACCUAUAAAGAGGCCGCGAAGAUCGUGGGCGAAGUUUUGUAA